CAGACACAUCUCAUCAGAACAAGAGAUAGAGGGAGCAGAGAGACGGAGAAUCAAGAUGGAUGAGUUCAAACGGAUUAAAAUGUCUUUAUUUCUCGUUCUGCUGCUUCAGUCUACAGCAGCAGUAACUGGUCAGGAAGACUUCCUCACUGUCAGAGUUGGAGAGGAAGUCACUUUGCCUUGUAGCGGUGUGAGAGAUGAUCAGGGCGGAUGUAACCGUACUGGCUGGCUCGUCACUAAUUCAGGAUGCACAACAGUAGAGCUGGUUGCUCUUGGAGAGAUUGUUGAAGAAGCUAGAGCUGAAUCAGACAGACUGAGAGUUACAGAGAACUGUUCUCUGGUUAUAAAGAAUGUCACAGAGGAGGAUGUUGGUCGUUACUUCUGGAGACAGUUCAGAUCAGGACGAGAUGAAGGCGCUCUGGUUCAUCUGUCUGUUGUCACCAUGACUGAACAUCAGAACAACGAUGAGGUGACGUUACGCUGCUCUGUGAAGGCGUCUGUGCGGUGCAGACACACAGUGAAGUGGCUGUUUGGAAGUCGGGACGUGGAUGAAUAUCAAGAAGAUAUGAAGACAUCAAAGUCUCACUACGAGGCCUCGGUCACAUUUCUGACUUCUCGUGUUGACUACAGAUCAGGGUUUCGUUUAUUCACAUGUGAAGUAACUGAGUACAAGGGAGAAGUACUUCUGUUUCCCUUCAGCACUCCGUCCUCAGGUCUCUUGAGGCUCAUCGUGGUGUCUGUGGGUUUAGCAACACUCAUUAUGAUCGUUGUGGCGGUCAACAUAUGGACAAGAUUUAAAGAGGAGAAAACACAGAUGGAGGAAAUCAGUGUGCGUUAUGAUGUAGAUGAUGGUACAGUGAACUGAGAACACAUCAGACCUCCUGAUGGAGUUUGAGCAACACUUCUGCCUCCAUCAGACUCCACUGAUCAACAACGUCUACAUCCAUCAUCAUGUUUCACAUCAGGAAGACUUUAAGAUCAUUCUGAGUUACUCAUUGUUCUAAGUUAGAUUUAUUUAGCUUGGUUUUAACUUCCUUUAGCAGGAAAGAGCAUAUCUCUUUUUUUUUUAUUUGUUACUUCCUUAUAUUGGCUGAAGAGUUCAGAGCUCAUUUAAAUAUNUCUGAUUGUUUUUCAAGAUC